UUUUUUAAAAAUGCUUUUUAAGUGUUUGGGAAGGUGAGUGAGUGAGUCAACUUCGGCUAGCGAUGGUGGGGUGGGCGAUAGCGUUACACGGCGGCGCCGGAGACAUUCCGAUCGAUCUCCCUGACGAGCGACGUAUCCCUCGCGAGACCGCCCUCCGUCAUUGCCUCGAUCUCGGCGUCUCCGCCCUCAAAUCCGGCAGACAUCCAUUAGACGUCACCGAACUCGUCGUUCGUGAACUUGAGAACCAUCCAGACUUCAAUGCGGGUAAAGGAUCCGUUUUAACUACCCAAGGAACCGUUGAAAUGGAAGCUUCCAUUAUGGACGGAAAAACCAAAAGAUGUGGAGCUGUCUCUGGCCUCACCACCGUCGUUAAUCCCAUCUCUGUAGCUCGACUCGUCAUGGAGAAUACUCCUCAUAUCUAUCUUGGAUUCGAUGGUGCAGAAGCUUUCGCUAGAGCACAUGGCGUUGAGACGGUUGAAUCAAGCCAUUUCGUAACUCCUGAAAACAUUGCAAGGCUAAAGCAAGCCAAAGAGUUCAAUCGAGUCCAGUUGGAUUACACAGCGCCUACCCCAAAAUUACCUGAAGUUUCUGGCGACAGCCAGAUAGGAACGGUGGGAUGUGUAGCAGUAGACAGCGCUGGGAAUCUAGCGUCGGCGACAUCAACCGGCGGUUAUGUCAACAAAAUGGUUGGCAGAAUCGGAGACACGCCGGUGAUCGGCGCAGGAACAUACGCUAACCAUCUUUGUGCUGUAUCAGCAACGGGUAAAGGAGAAUAUAUAAUUCGUGCAACCGUGGCUAGAGAAGUGGCUGCGCUUAUGGAAUACAAAGGUUUGUCUUUAACCGAAGCAGCGGCUUAUGCUGUUGAACAAUCCGGACCGAGAGGAUGUUGUGGACUCGUUGCUGUUUCGGCUAAUGGCGAAGUUGCUAUGCCGUAUAACACUACUGGGAUGUUUAGAGCUUGUGCUACUGAAGAUGGUUACACUGAGGUCGCAAUCUGGCCUAAAAAUUGAAAUCACUAGACAGCUGAGUAGCUUAAGCUACUCUGUUCUGCUUUAAACAUUAUAUCUUGUUUAUAUAUAAGACAGGAGUUUACAUCAUAGACUACAUUAAUUAGCUUCUCUUCUAUGUUAUGUAAAUAAUUAAAUUUGGGAUAUUGAACUUUAUAAAAUAAAUCUAGGGGUAUACCGGAUCUUUUGUUCUUUGUAUAUUUUGUUUU